AUGAGAGAAGAUAGAGCUGAUUUGGACCAAGGAUUGGGAUGGAUCACGUUCUUGGCUAAGGGAGAGAAGAGAAUGGUGACCUUUAGGCAGCUGGAGAUCUUGUUUGGGUUCAACUAUGGAGAGGGUACCAAGUGGAACUUCAAGGAAAAGGAACUCCAAAGGGUUUGGGCUACAAUCGCUGAUGGAGUGUACUCUUCCUCAAGGUCCAAGGCAGCUCAGAUCAGGAGCCCAGUCUUGAGGUAUGUGCACAAGGCACUUGCCAACACCUUCUUUGCAAGGAAGGCGACCGGGACAAUCAACGAGGGGGAACUCAAGUUUCUUGACAUGGGAAUCAAGCCCUUCUCUCACGCACAAGCGAUGGCAAGAGGAUCAGGGGAGAUAGAUCUGACACAGGGAACUUGA